AGGAAGUUACCGGUGAACAGUAGUGGCGCGCGACAUGAAGCGUGACGCGGAUUGGCGGCGCGAUCUGCGGGCGGAGUGACCUACACCAGGUCCGUAUGAUAACAGGCAACAUCUACCUGUUUAAUACGCUCGAACACCACAUACAGAACAAAGGUCAGAUUCACUGUUGUUUCAAUGUUGCGCCCUGAUCCGAGGAUUCGCCGCGGCGCCAACUUUUCAGGUGGGGAAAACUUGUAGAUUGCAUGAGCUACCUAGAUAGGCGAAAUAACCAAGAACAUCAUGGUUCUCUCCAAGAAACUCAGCCGCUCAAUUAAGCCUCGCACGGCUGAGGAAUACGACAGUGAUCCGCACUCAUCAGAGCUCGAUGUGUCAUCACCCUCCAUCCUAGAUACCGGAGAAGACAGAGAGGGUAGCUUCUCCGCAUCUGAGGCAGGAAGCGACUUGACUAACACGGAAGAGGAAGAUGAGGACAAUGCUGGACAAGAUGACGAAGCGGAUGAAGACGCUCAAGAACGGCUGAGCAAGGUUUCUUUCGGCUCUCUGGCGAAAGCUCAGGCUGCUCUAUUUAAGGAUCAGCAGAGCAGUCGUAAACGUAAGAGGGGUGCGGAGUCAUCGGGGCAACAAGAGGACAAGCUAUUGGCACUACGGAAGAGACUUCUCGAGCUUAAGUCGAUGAAAUCAGGGAAAGAGCUUCAGCCACUGCAGGUAUCAGCGAAGCAACGAAGGCGCAAGGACGAGCCUGACACCUCGGACGACUCGCAAGAUUCUGACGAUGAGGAUGAGGAUGGGAAUGACGAUCCACGAAAGCGAUCAUCUAAACACGCACCAGCGAUUCAAUCGAGCAAGAAGCCUGUCACACGGAGGCGUACCGUUCUAGAGACUCACAAACGCGUUUCUCGAGAUCCGCGCUUCGACCCACUCUCCGGACCGCCAAAGAGUAGUGAUUCUCUUUCCCGAAAGUACGCAUUUCUCAAAGAUUAUCGUGCAGACGAAAUCGCUGAGCUCAAGAACGCACAGAAGAAAAGCAAGGAUGCCACAUAUAAGGAGGACCUGAAGAAACAGAUCACAUCUAUGGAGAAUCGCGCUAAAGCACAAGCGGCCAAGGACAAAGAACAGGAGGUCAAGCGUGAACACCGCAAGAAAGAAAAGGAAGCGAUUGAGCACGGCAAGAAGCCAUUCUACCUCAAGCGUUCCGAGAUUAAGCAGCAAGCCCUCGUUGAGAAGUACAACAGCAUGAACGCCAAGUCGCGGGACAAGUUGAUGCAAAGACGACGAAAGAAGCUUGCCGGCAAGGAGAAGAAACAGAUGCCACGAGCCCGACGAACAAUGUAAAUUUCAUCGACAGGCACACAUGUUUUACCAAUUACACGCUGUUGGAUGGCCUCGAUGGGGCCAGAAUACAUGACAGACACUACUACUCUGACGACGAUGACGAUGAUAAUCCCAAUAUGAUUGC